CCGGUAGCGGCGGGAGCUGCCCUGGCCAGGGGUUCCGGCUGUAUUUCUAUGCGCGCCGCCGGCAGCCGCGCAGCUGUGGGAGCCCGACCAGGGGCGAGCCGGGCCGCUGUCGUCAACCACGCGCAGGUUAAUUUGAGUAAGAGCUCUGCCCUGACCAGCCCAGCCAUACUACUCUCCAAGGACACUUCAUAUUCACACUAGAGGGGACAAGGGACAGAGACCAAGAUGAAUGCCAUGCUGGAGACCCCCGAGCUCCCGGCCGUGUUUGACGGCGUGAAGCUGGCUGCCGUGGCUGCCGUGCUGUACGUGAUCGUUCGGUGUUUGAAUCUGAAGAGCCCCACAGCCCCGCCUGACCUCUACUUCCAGGACUCGGGGCUCUCACGCUUCCUGCUCAAGUCCUGUCCUCUUCUGACCAAAGAGUACAUUCCACCUUUGAUCUGGGGGAAGAGUGGACACAUCCAAACAGCCUUGUAUGGGAAGAUGGGAAGGGUAAGGUCGCCACACCCGUACGGACACCGGAAGUUCAUCACCAUGUCUGACGGGGCCACUUCGACCUUCGACCUCUUCGAGCCCUUGGCUGAGCAUUGUGUUGGAGAUGAUGUCACCAUGGUCAUCUGUCCUGGAAUUGCCAAUCACAGCGAGAAGCAGUACAUCCGAACCUUUGUCGACUACGCCCAGAAAAAUGGCUACCGGUGCGCCGUGCUGAACCACCUGGGCGCCCUGCCCAACAUUGAACUGACCUCUCCACGCAUGUUCACCUACGGCUGCACCUGGGAGUUCGGAGCCAUGGUCAACUACAUCAAGAAGACGUACCCCCUGACCCAGCUGGUCGUUGUGGGCUUCAGCCUGGGCGGCAACAUCGUGUGUAAAUACUUGGGGGAGACUCAGACAAACCAAGACAGGGUGCUGUGCUGCGUCAGCGUGUGUCAGGGCUACAGCGCGCUGAGGGCCCAGAAGACCUUCAUGCAGUGGGAUCAGUGCCGGCGUUUCUACAACUUCCUCAUGGCGGACAACAUGAAGAAGAUCAUCCUCUCGCACAGGCAAGCUCUUUUUGGAGACCACGUGAAGAAGCCCCAGAGCCUGGAGGACACGGACCUGAGCCGCCUCUACACGGCGACCUCCCUGAUGCAGAUCGAUGACAACGUGAUGAGGAAGUUCCAUGGCUAUAACUCCCUGAAGGAAUACUACGAGGAGGAGAGCUGCAUGAGGUACCUGCACAGGAUUUCUGUGCCUCUCAUGCUGGUUAAUGCAGCUGAUGACCCCUUGGUGCAUGAAAGUCUGCUGACCAUUCCAAAAUCUCUUUCGGAGAAACGGGAGAAUGUCAUGUUUGUGCUGCCGCUGCACGGGGGCCACCUGGGCUUCUUUGAGGGUUCCGUGCUGUUCCCCGAGCCCCUGACGUGGAUGGAUAAGCUGGUGGUGGAGUACGCCGACGCCAUCUGCCAGUGGGAACGUAACAAGUCUCAGUGCUCCGACACCGAGCAGGUGGAGGCCGACCUGGAGUGAGGCCUCCCGAACUCUGCCGCACUCCAGCUGCCCUCCCCUGGAACCAACCUCCUUCAUCUGCUGUUUCAGGUCCCCCCUCUCCCCCAGUGACCUGGAUCUGACCUCACACCAUCAACGGGGACCACCCACCAGGCACACCUGUGCUGGAGUAGGCGGCUGUCCCUGAGAGCUCCAGGCUAUUUUGUGCUUACUUACUGGUUUUCUCCAUUGCGUUGUUAGCCAUGGUGACAGGCGACAGGGUUCCCACCCUCCUGUCCAGUUUCACCACCUGGUUGCUUUUAAGCCAAUUACAUCUAGUUUCCCUAUUAAAAAUGUGUCUGAACAGCAGUUUCGCUUUGCCAAUCAAAAGGCUUUUCCCCAAGAACAGUGAAGGAUGUACAUCAUUCCCUGGUGGCUGUGUGUGUCCCUACUGAGACCCUGAAAAGAGCUCACCGGUCUAGGCCACUGCUGAAGAUGCAGUUCAGCUGGGAGCCUGAGGGCCUGGGCCUCCCAGGCUGGAGUGCGGCCUUCUACAUGGCAAAGCAAAUUCCCUCAGUCACAAGCCAAGUGUCUCCCUCACUGUCUUCUAAGACGCUUUUCCCACUUUGCUGGUGAUGGGAGUUACCUAGGGCACUUGUUAAAGAUUUAGCCUCCGAGGCCCCUCCCCUUGGAAAAGCUGCUUCGGUGGGUCUGGGGAGGGGUCUGGGGAUUUUAUGUUUGACAAGUGCCCCAGGUGAUUCCCAUCACCGGGAAAAUGUGGGAAACACUGUUCUUCGGGGCCUUUAAAUUAGAAACUUCUCGGUAGCUCAUUUUAUUGAAAUUCCUAGGUAGAGGUGUCUCUGAGCUCCCAGGGACCCCCGAAGCAACAAGAGCUGUCCUGAGCGGCUGCCCUUGUGUGAUCCCAGUGUGACGUCUCGGAAAGGGCCUGGGCCACGCCUGACUCUGCUUCUCACUGGCCAUGUGACCCUGGAAAAGACCCUUGAACUUUAGUUUCUUCACCUGUAAAAUGGGGCACUUGGACCAGGUAGAUUGCCAAAAUACUACCAGAUCCCAAGUUCAAUGACAAACUCAGUUUACUGCGGUUUGAGAGAACAUCCCUCUAGGGGAGCCUGGGAGCUCUUCUCCUAGUCUAAGCAUGUACAUGUCAUCAUUUGCCUUUUUUUCUGUCCCUCAUUUCAGAAAAAGGGGUGUUUUGUUUCGUUUUGUUUUGUUGAAGCACUCAAUUGCAAUUUUAUUUUUUUAACCCAGGUCUCUCUAACGUUGGCUUUUGAUACCGAACAAUUCAAAAGCGGGAUCUGAGUUUGGAGAAAGAUCUCUCCAACCGAAGAGCAUGUGAUUUUGAAACCAGAUUUUUAAUUUAGUAGCCAGUGUUCGUAGUCUGUUGGAUAGAUCUUUCUGAAGUGUGUCUUCUCAAGUGAAAAUGUCACUCUCGGUUCCGAGUACUCCGGUUCUCCGUUCUUGGGGUACUUGAAUAUGUAAAAACCCUGCACUUUGAAAAAUCAGCACUUGCUAUCUAGAACUAAACAGAACUACGAGUGAAAUUGCCUGGAUACUUUCUAAAAAAUGUCCCUGCUUCAUCUCCUUUGCUCCAGGACAGACGGGAAUAUAAGUAGUGGGUCCAGGUGGAUGUUUAAGGGGUUCCAGGGAGCCAGUUGAGGGCCCGGAUGCAAACCCUCAUGCCCACAGGGGUACGUAGCUGGGGCAUUGGUCCAAAUGACUGUGACAGUAAUGUCUGUGACCUGAAGAAGUUGUUUUCUGACAAUCACCAGAUCUUCCUAAUAACAUCGAAAACAGCCAUUAUCUCAAAAGAUUGAGAUUUUUAUGGUCACCUCUUUGCUUUGUUCUAAUUUCUCACACACCCCAAAUUCAUCAUUGUGACUUUUCUCCCAAGUUGUUAUUUUUCUACUGCAUUUCCUCUUCAUGUUCUUUUAGCACAAGUUGGCACUUUAUCAUCCACCCCUCAGUUUGGAAGCGAGUCCCUCUCCUCUGUUGCUUUUCCCUCCUCCCAACGACCACAGCUGUAAUCUGGGAGAUUCGUAGUCAUAUUUCCUACUGCACCCUCAUUCCUCAAGGCUUUCUGUGAAAUUAGGGAAAUGAGGCAAUAACUUCAUGGGGUUGGAUCACCAUCCCAGGAAGCGAGAGGCUCCUUUCGUUGGCCUCAGGCCACAUCUCUUGACCUGUCCUGACAAAGCAGUGGCCAGGUACCGGCUCCAUUCAGGAGAAGAAAAGACACCCCUGUGGUCACACACUGGCGGGGAGCCUGGGGACCCAGAAGCCCUUGGAGCCUGGUCGCAGGGCAGUUCUGGUGGCCCCCUGGAGGAGAGGCACGGCUUGGGGUGUAGCCUUUGUUGCCGUCCAACCAGAAUGUCCCCCACAGGACUGGGGGGGCCGGGUCCCAGCUGAAAUCUUUUCAGUGUGUGCCUCUGAAUGGCACUGACAUUCCAUUUUGGCUCACAUGAAAUUGACUGAAGCCCUUUGUUCGAGCAUCGGGCUCGCGAGCAUGGAAAUGAGAAUGUGACUGUGGCUGUCUUACAGGAAAAUUCUUGUCUGUCCCUGAAUGAGAGCACAGAGGCAUUGAAUUCACAGAGAUGCAAGCUUGCCUAGUAAACAAGGGGACAGCACUUUACAUGUGGUCAGCUUUUUCCUUCCUCCAGCUUCACUUGCUUCUCUUCCUAAAAUCCUUCAUUUCUGAUGAUAACAUGAGUGCUCUUCUUGCUAUUAAGGUUCUGUUUGGGUUAAAACAAGGCUGAAUUUUCAAAGAGCAUUUGAAUAUUAUAUUUUUAAAUCAGGUUAAGGAUAUAAGACGUAGACAGUUCUAUUGCAGGAAUAACAGGCUAAAAACCAAGGAGGGAAAGCACCCCCAUUUCUCCUGGUUGUACUCCCCGAGUCCUAAAGGCUUGAAAGACGCUGAUGAGUAACUGAUCCCAGUCAAAUUAGGAUUAUCUGGAAAAUGGUGUCAGGUCUCCUUGAUUCAUCUGUGUUAGAACGGAGUUGAAAAGACUUGAAGAAAACCUCUUGUCUCCUGCUGUGAGUUUGUACCAGUGAUUCCAGAGCAGCAUAAAAGCAGAAAGCUGUUUGUUGUCACGAUAUUCUUUUAGCCUCUGAGCAGCAUCUUACACUUACAGGGAAUGCUCUGACAAAGUGUAGGAGUGGAAAUAUGCCUGAAAGAGGAGCAUUCCUUUCUUGACAUGGUGUUACGGGACCAGAGUCCAGGAGACCUGGGUUCUUGUCCUGUCUCCACUCCACCUCUCCAAGUCCCAGUUACCUCACCUUAGACCAUCUCUAAAACCGCUCCAUCUAGUUACCCGUCACCUGCCUGAACAUCCCCACUUGCCUCCUACAGCCCUUGCAAGUGGAAACGGAUACUGGGAAGGGACUCGGAGAGAGGGAGCUUCUGCAGGAAGCCUUUGCUGGGGAAGACCCUUGAUCUUGCCCCAAGCCCUGUGUCUUUGGCCUCUCUUCAGAGUCUCCACUGUCAUCUCAAUAUCCUUGCUGUUCCGAGGUGGGGGUCUUGUGACUGGGACAGGUGCUGACCAUUGGAAGAAGGCGAAUGUCCCCAUCCCGCUGUGUCCUCAGGCAGAGCACUGAGCAUGCCCAGGGCAGAAACCCUUCCCGCUCAGGCUUUCAUUGGGAAGCUCCAGUCCUCAUUAAAGCUGAACUUUCUGGGUAGCUGAGCUGAUACGCCUGGCAUCCGAAUGAGAGCUCUCUUUGUAACUUGCGGUCCAUUCUGCCAGCUCCCGGGAAACAAUACAUGUGUUCUUGUUUAUGUUUGCCAGACAAGCAGAUGUCCGAGAUGUGAGAGGUUUUUCUUUCCCUGUGGCAUUGAUUCUGAACUAGAGCUGAAGUAAAGAUCACUGAACUCAUCUUUGUCCUUCAGGCAGCACAGGAGAGUGGUUAAGAAGCAUUUCUCUGCAGCAUCUCCCAGUAUCCUCUGCAAUCCUUUUCUUUGCCCAGAAAGCCUUAACUUGCCUCCAGAAUAUGCCCUGGUAUUAUAACAAUAUUGUGGCAUUAGAUUUCCAGUUCUUCUGCUCUGGAAGUUUGAAGCAAAGCCAGAGCAAAACCAGAGAAUUUCUGCACGUGGCCUGUACGCUCCUUGUUACGUUAGGCCCCUGACCCCUGGACAAUAUGAGUGAUCCAGAACUGGCCAAAUGCCUCAUCCCCGAAUGCCUGCCUGCCUUCUUGGCCUCACUCUGUUGUCCAAAGCCAUUUAGAUUGGAUGCCUCAAAAAGCCCUGAAAAGGGGACUUGCGUGGCCUUUAGAGGGCAAGCAAUUGAGGGAAGGGUCUCUCCUCCCUCUGUUAUCUAAGCAGAGGGAAGUGCCCCCUCUUCGUAAAUGAGGAUUGCUUCUGCCAAGUUGUAUUUGAAGCGGAGGGAAGGGGGACUGGCCGCUGCUGGCAGUGAGCACUGGAUUGCUAACCAAAACCAGAGCUGGGUCCUCUGCCUGUGUCGCUGCCACCACAACCUCCAGAUGCGAGGGCCCAGGCACCCUCCCGAAGGGGCCCUUGGAAGUAGAGUCCGGCUCGGCAGCCAUUCUCAGACUCCCAGACAGUAGACAGCUGCCCCUUUUGGAAGAGUCAGUCUCCCCGUUUCCUGAACUGUUUUUCCUAGCAUGGGUAAGCUUUCAUGUAUCUCUAAUGAAUAAGCUGAAGUGAAUUUCUAAUCAGUGGAUUAAGUCCUUUUAACUCAACUCCUGUCAAUUAGUAAUCAAAUCUAUAACCUACCUUCUGUUCCUUCUAGUCCACAUUAGCAAAGAAAUCUACUAUUGCCGUAAGUUGGGGACAGUCCACUUAUAGCACCUGCAGAAACACCCUUCAUCUCGAUGGGCAUGCUCCUUCCAGACCACCCACGUUGAGCAGCCAACAGUCACCGAGAAUAAUUGCUGGCCCCCUUGGUCCCGGCGUCAGCCACUCCCCUCUCAGGCUGUUCAUGUGGGUGCACCAAGUCCCUGGGUGUAGGAGUUAGGUUUUAUUUGGUUUUUGUUUUGCCUCUUCAGUUUUCCUAAAAGACAAGUCCAUGUAGAACCUUCUCGCCUCUCCACACCAGUUCCAGGUGACCUGGGUCUCCCACUCAUUGCCUCAGGAAGACCUUCACUGUACCUGAGCUUCUGACUCCCACCACUGCAGCUGCCUUAGCGACACCAGGGCCGGGGCCGGGGUGGGGAGCCAGUUUGCAUUUCCCUUUCCCUGGUUAGGCUCCAGCCCACCACCUCCUCCCGUUGGCAGAUCUGCUUCCAGAUUGGUUUUUGAGAACCAUCACUUUUACAUUCCUCAUUUUUGUUUGUUUUGUUUUAUUUGGAUUUUCUGAAACUUAAAAUGCUGCCCUGAAAAUAAUGUAUUUUUGAGUUUGUGUUCUGAAACCCUCCGUGCUGCUGGGCUUUGGGGGGAAAUACAGAACCCUUCAGCACCGGGGCGUUUAAAUUCGCAACUAGCAAUGCAAUUUUUUCUAAAUACGAGGAUAUUUACCUUUAUUAAGAAAUUAUACUAAACAGUGGUGUCCUAGAUCAUUUUAUGUUCUCAUAUUACUUUUGGUUCUGUUUUGAUUGUGUGUGGUGGUAAACAAAGAUCAUUACAAAAAAACCUGUAAUUUUGUUAUCUUUGAUUCAGUGGAAUUUCUUUACUUAAAAAAAAUAAAAGACUAAAAAUGU